AUGCCCGCCAAAUUCGCUCGCUCAGGCCUUUACCCCGCCUUCGGUGUCACCGCCCCCUUCGACCCCGCCCACGAGCUCGUGACGUCCUACUGCUUGCCCCCCGUCGCGCUCGCCGCCCUCCGGCUCUCAAUCGGCACCUAUGCAGCCUUCGCCGUCAUCUUCGAGCUCGUCCGCGAAUCCGUGCGCGACCACGACGCCCAAACGUACCUCUCCUACUUCACACACCUCUCGUACAUCGGGAUCAUCGCCUACCAGUUCGCGGCGGGCGUGCAGACGCUGCUUUACGUCUUGAACCGGCGCAAGAGCUACCCCCUGCAGCGUUGGCCACGCUUCCUGCAGUUCCUCCAUCGGCUGCUCUUCGCGACCAUCACUUCGUUUCCCAUCGUGGUGACCGCAGUAUUUUGGGCUCUCCUUGCCGAUGCGCAGACGCUUGGGACGACAUAUUCGAGAUGGGACAACAUCUCGGUGCACGCGAUGAACUCCGUGUUCCUCCUCGUUGAGGUCCUCCUCACCAACAUGCCCCCAAGCCCAUGGACCCACCUCCCCAUCUGCAUCGUCCUCCUCGGGGGUUACCUCGGCGUCGCGUACAUUACCCACGCGACGCAGGGCUUCUACUCCUACUCCUUCCUCGACCCCGCGAAGGAGCACGCGAUGCUGGCGGCGUACAUCGUCGGCAUCGCCGUUGCAGAGUGCGUCGCCUUCGCGCUCGUCCAGGGCCUCACCCUCCUCCGUCUUCGCCUCACCAAAGGACGCGCCGGGACACGCCCGGGCUCUGCGCUCAGCGGCCGCGCGCCCACGGAAGACUGGGAAGAGGUGGAGCCCCCAUCCCCCGCCGGGCAUGCCGUGUAG